GAGCGCGCCAAUGGCAGAGAGGAAACGGCACACUCGCAUUUGCACAGCCAUGUUACAAAUACGAGACAUGGUGACGGGGCGGCAUCUCCAGAGCUGUCUCCCGGUUACUCGCCGACGUGUCCCCGCUCGAGAGAAAUAUGCCCGAUCCCGCAAAAUCCGCCCCUGUGCCCAAGAAGGGCUCCAAAAAGGCCGUGACCAAAACCCAGAAGAAAGGGGGCAAGAAGCGCCGCAAGACCCGGAAGGAGAGCUACGCGAUUUACGUGUACAAGGUGCUGAAGCAGGUGCACCCGGACACGGGCAUCUCCUCCAAGGCCAUGGGCAUCAUGAACUCGUUCGUGAACGACAUCUUCGAGCGCAUCGCCGGCGAGGCGUCGCGCCUGGCGCACUACAACAAGCGCUCCACCAUCACGUCCAGGGAGAUCCAGACCGCCGUGCGCCUGCUGCUGCCCGGCGAGCUGGCCAAGCACGCCGUGUCCGAGGGCACCAAGGCCGUGACCAAGUACACCAGCUCCAAAUAGUGGCGGACAGAGGUGCGACACGAGGGGGGGGGGGAGGCACCUAACCGCCCCAGACAUGCUCUCUGAACCCCCCUGCACUGUGUCGGACAGCUGCGCUUGUGUUCUCCCACCAUCGCUGUCUUCGGAGAGAUCUGAUGCCAAAUGAACCCUGAAUGUCCUGUGGAACUGUAGCCUGCCAUUUUGUUUUAAAAACAGUGUUUCCCCCCUUUUCCCCCUGAACUGUAACGUUGUUUUUUUUUAACUAAUCCUAUAAUAAAUUCAGAACGAUUGUUAUUGGUGCUCUUCA